AAUUAUAGAAAAAUCGCAAACCACUGAAUAUGCAAAUGACCUUUAUUCAAUGAAAUUUGUAGCUCGUGCCGAUUUCAAAUGUCGAGAAAUUUUAAUAUUUCCUGAUCAUAACCCGUGAAUCAUGAUCAUUUGACUGUGUGCAUCAGACGAUAUAACUUCCUGUAUUUGUGACCGUUUCUUUAAACUUCCUGUCCUAAACGAUCAUGGUGUUUAAAUACCUGUUGGUAUUAGUGUGUUGUGUGUACGCUAGCUAUGGUCGACUUUCCGAGCUCUUCCUGGAUAAAGAAUGGGAAGAAUUCAAGCAAAUUCACAACAAAAUCUACUCAAAGCAAGAGGAAAACAGGAGGAGACUGAUUUGGCAAAAGAAUAUUGAUAAAAUCACUGAACACAAUAUGGAGGCUGACAAUGGUCACCACAGCUACAGACUCGGGAUGAACGAGUUCGGGGAUAUGACAAGUGAGGAAAUGGCAGCGAUGUUGAACGGAGCGAGAGGACACAGUGUUGUCAAUGGCAGCACAUUUCUCCCGCCAAACAAUCUGCAGCUACCAGACACAGUGGACUGGUCAAAGGAAGGUUACGUAACUCCAGUCAAAAACCAGGGGCAGUGUGGAUCUUGUUGGGCUUUUUCGACCACUGGGGGACUGGAAGGGCAACAUUACCGAAAAACAGGAAAAUUGGUGUCUCUAUCAGAGCAAAACCUGCUUGAUUGUAGUAAAGAAAACAUGGGAUGUAACGGAGGACUUCCACAGAAAGCCUACAAAUACAUAAAAGAAAACGGAGGAAUUGAUACAGAGGAAUCUUAUCCCUAUCUUGCAAAGAAAGAAACCUGCUCAUUUCGUCCGUCGGAAGUCGGGGCUACCUGCUCUGGUUUCGUCCAAGUACCUGCUGGUGACGAGCUGGCCCUUAAGAAAGCAGUGGCCAGUGUGGGUCCAAUCACGGUAUGUAUUGACGCCAGUCAACCCUCGUUCCAACUGUACAAGGGAGGGAUGUAUGACGAGCAAUCCUGCAAUCCAAUCGUGUUUGACCACGCUGUCCUGAUUGUUGGGUACGGAGUGUAUCAAGGCAAGGACUACUGGCUGGUCAAGAACAGCUGGGGAACGUCUUGGGGAAUGGAUGGCUACAUCAUGAUGUCUCGAAACCAAAAUAACCAAUGUGGAAUUGCUAACCAUGCCGUUUAUCCUACUGUGUAGGACAGACAAUUCAUCAACAGAUCAAUAUUGCCCGGGCUCAGGAAAGUUUGUUAAAAAACUGACCCGAAUAAAAUAUUGAAUCAAACUAUAGAUUUAUAUUGUCACUUAUAACUCGAAUAAUGCCUGCGUUAUUGGAAUUGCCACUUCACUUAUUGUUUCACUGGGAAGGCUAUUUUGAUCUUUUAAAAUCUAAAAGGAUGCUUUGUUCUUGUAUCAUUCUAUCACAAUAAAAUGUACUUUUUGCUU